GCUAAAAUUCUUAUAUAAACACGCUUUUCUUCUCUUCAUCUUCUUCUUCUUCUUCUUCUUCUUCCUCGAAUCGCUUUUCAAAACCCUACAAAUUCUUCCUCCGAAGCUGUCAAAGCCUCUACUUUGCUCUACAAGGUGUGAUGGCUUCCAAACGUAUUGCCAAGGAGUUGAAAGACCUGCAAAAGGACCCGCCAGUUUCUUGCAGUGCUGGUCCUGUUGGUCAAGACAUGUUUCACUGGAAUGCAACAAUUAUUGGUCCAGCAGACAGCCCUUAUGCUGGAGGUGUAUUUUCAGUUAACAUUCACUUUCCACCAGAUUAUCCAUUCAAACCACCAAAGGUUUCGUUUAAGACCAAAGUUUAUCACCCUAACAUCAAUAACAACGGAAGUAUCUGCCUCGACAUUUUGAAAGAGCAAUGGAGCCCUGCUCUUACUGUUUCCAAGGUGUUGUUGUCGAUAUGCUCGCUACUGACAGACCCGAACCCAGACGAUCCUCUGGUGCCAGAGAUAGCUCACAUGUACAAAAAUGACCGAGCCAAGUAUGAAAAUAAUGCCCGAUCUUGGACCCAAAAAUAUGCUAUGGCCUAAAGCAGCAGCAGCACCACAAGGUUCCAACCUUCGUUAAUAUAAAGAAAGAAAAAGCCCUUUUUUUUUUGUUUUCUGGACAGACUUUAUGGAUUUUGAACGUAGGCUAUGCUGAAACGUAGUGAACUCCCAACUUUAUAAUGGCAUUGCAUUGCUACAGUUUUAUGUUUCAUCAGCAAAUAAUAUUUUGUUAUCACUAUCUCCACUUUUAUCAAUAUUCCACUUCUUUCAUGCUCUGUUUUAGGGAAUAUGGCUACAGGUUUUUAUUUUUAUUAUUUUUUUGUAGUACAAACCUAUUUGUAGGUCUGGAUAAUUUUUUGGUCGGAAAUAAUAUGUAGGUUUGGAUAA